GACGUCACCUCCGUCACACCGACGCCGCAGAGAAACACACGGAGGAAACUGUCCGGUUGUACUUGUGGCUGUCGGCUGCAGUUAUGGACCACAUUAAAGAUGGCUGGUUCACGGAGCUGUGCACGCUAUGGCCGGGCCAAGCGAUGAGCCUGCAGGUGGAGGAGGUGCUCUACCACAAGAAGUCCACGUUUCAAGAUGUCAUGGUUUUCAAGAGUAAAACCUACGGUAACGUCUUGGUGCUGGAUGGUGUGAUUCAGUGCACAGAGAGAGAUGAGUUUGCCUAUCAAGAGAUGAUUGCUAACCUCCCGCUGUGCAGCCAUCCUUGCCCUAAGAAGGUUCUGAUUAUUGGCGGUGGCGAUGGCGGCGUGCUGAGAGAAGUGGUAAAGAAUCCCCUGGUGGAGUCGGUGGUGCUGUGUGAGAUAGAUGAGGAUGUCAUUAACGUCUCGAAGAAGUUCCUCCCGGGGAUGGCCAAAGGGUUUUUCAACCUCAAGCUCACCCUUCAUGUUGGAGAUGGCUUUGAAUUCAUGAAGCAGAACCAGGAUGCCUUCGAUGUCAUUAUAACUGAUUCCUCAGAUCCAGUCGGACCUGCUGAGAGUUUGUUCAAGGAGUCUUACUAUCAGCUGAUGAAGGCAGCGUUGCGAAACGGUGGAAUUCUUUGCUCCCAGGGAGAGUGUCAGUGGCUCCAUUUGGAGCUGAUAAAGGAGAUGCAGACCUUCUGCAAGACCCUAUUCCCUGUGGUGGACUAUGCCUACAGCACCAUCCCAACUUAUCCCAGCGGCCAAAUUGGAUUCAUGCUCUGCAGUAAAAAUCCUGAAACUAAUUUCAAGGAACCUGUGAAAGCUCUGGUAAAAGAAGAAAUGGAAAGUAUGAACCUUAAAUAUUACAACCCUGAAAUUCACAAAGCAUCAUUCGUCCUCCCGGAGUUUGCAAGAAAGGUACUCUGUGAAGCAUGACCAGCAGUGACAGACCACCACGUUCAUCCUCUACCUGACCCUCAGACGACAGAUAAACACCCUUUUUCUACGGCCUCUCCACCUCCUCAACACAGUCCAGCUCAACUGAAGCGGCCUCCUAAACGAUUUUGUGCGGUGGCGUCUCAUAAUCAGUGGGUGGAAACUUGUUGAUUUCUACAGACAAAGUGUUAGUUUGUUCCCUUCCUUCCAGCGCGCUCUCUCUGUGUUUAUUUAUUUUUCUCAUGUAUUUGAAUAUUAAUUUUUACUCUAAUUGUCGUACCAACGUUUGGUGAAGAGCUAUUUGAUGGGCGGGGCUGAGUGGAAAGAGCAUUGUCAUCAAACCUGACCUCACUCUGAAACAUUGUAUUGUUUAUCGGAUUCACUGCACAUGUUAUGCAAUAUAUUACAUACCAUAGAGAGUAUGUACAUGUAAUGCAUUUUUAUUUGUAAUGCUUGAUAUCAUCUUGUGCUAAUAGGAAAAUACAGUGGCCAUUUGUUUCUACUCUAUAUUCAGAAUACUGUGACCUCUACACAGGAUUGAUCCAUUUUAUUUGUUCUUUUCAUGGUCAGAAUCCAUCGUUAUUCAUUUGAGUUUAACACAAAGGAAUCAAGUACUUUCUUCUUUUUUGUACUUAAAAUUUUAUGCAAGUAUCAAAAAUAGCAAUGGAAAAAACAGGUGGUUGACAGAUUUAGAUUUUUGAUAUUCAAUUUGUCUGGUUUUAGGGACCAGGAAGUUGAUCGUCUUUGUAUUUGAUAAAUUUGCAGCAAGUACAUUUGGUUGAUGGCUGCACCUGAUUUACUUUAAUUAAUAUUAACUUAAACAUCACCAACUAACAAAGUACUUUAGAAAAUUGGGCUUAAUUCACAGCACACAGUGUAAAUCCUUGUGUGUGUGUGUGUCUGUGUGUAUAUUGGGAAAGGAACAUGAACUCUUUAAGAUUCCUUCAGUGUCAUAGUAAUUCACUGAUGUGUUAAUCCAUCGAAUUGUACACAAUACCAAAUAAACUGUUAAUAGUCAUGUUACUGCCGCGGGUUUAAGUCACAGUAUUUAGUGAAACAAAAUACGGCCUGUCUCUUGUAAACAGAAAGUGUCGUUUCACACUAGUCAAGACUUUGAAUGUGACAUUUUCCAAAAUAACUUUGAAAAAAACAAAAGCUUUUAUUGAUGCCAGAACUUGUAUUCACUACAUCAAAUCAGGUACGGCCAUCGCUCAAGUGUAUUUGGUGCUAGUUAAGUGAUGAAGUCCGUAACCUCCUGCUCGCACAAAAUCAACAUCUCUCUGCAGCGGAUUUUUUAUUUAUUAUUUCUGACUCUAGCAUAAAUUGGAUAAUUAAAAACAAGACAUUAUUAGGUGUUAUAGUGAACCUCCUAAAUUAAUAAAGUAACAAACAGCAUUUAGUUUUUCUCACUUUGGAUUCCAGAUUGAAUAUGAAAAGAAUGAAUGAUCCUCAGCUUACGAUUCUGCCAGUGCCUGAAAAUGGUUGUUGUUGAAAACUGAAAUGUUUUUUCUCCUUGUAUCUAUGGUAGUGUUCCAGGCAGAUAAUUAUAUUGAGUUUUCAUUCGAGACGAAAGCUCAAAUGUCACGAGUUGAGAAAAUGGUCUCUAAAAUAUCUUGAACUUCAAAUGAGGUAAAUCUAAUUGAUGCUCUCUGACCAUCAAUUUAAUAUGGAAUAUUGUAAUGUUGGUAAAAGAAAAUUAAAUAUGGUGUUGGAGCUUUGCAAUGCAAGAAAUACCUUUUUAAAGGUGAUUCAUUAUGCAAUGAUAACUUGCAGUAUUGGGUAUUGACCACUGAUGGUAAGCCUGUAAACUAAUGUGUUUUGCUGCAGGAUGCUGUUCAUUUCUCUCAAUGGAAAUCUCAUGUCUCAGUGUGGUUUAUUUGUUUGUUGAGCUAAUGUCAAACACUUAAUAUCUGUUACUUUUAAUUCCACGAGGAAUGAGAAACGGGGUCGUACCUGAGCAAUGAGUCUGUGUUUUUAUAAUAAUUAUGAACUGUAAUAAAUUGAACAUAAAAUGGU